UUGUCCAAUCACAGAACAGUUUACUAUUACCGGAAGUAAAUAAAGAAAAUGGAGAAAAAUGUUGAGAUUUUGGAAUCAAUGUUCCAGCAAGCAGAAUCUGAUCUGAAUUAUUUGUCCAGGAAGAUUGAGUUUGAAUUUGAUAAAGAUAAUGAAGAAAAUAAGGUGAACCCAGCUAAAAUGCUACAGAAAAUACAAGACAUAAAGAAAGAAUAUGGAUCUCUUGUCAAAGAAGCAGCUGCUAUACAGCAAGUCCAGAAGGAAGCAGCAGAUUAUUUUAAGACACAGAUUCAGACUGUAUGUAAAUUGUUAGAAGAUCUACAACAAAAAACAGGAAAAUCAGAUAAUGAAAGACCCCAGGAACUUGAUAAGAUAGAAGAAAUACUGGGAGUUAAAAUUCCUACAGGUUGUGAGAUUCAGGGUCCAUCUGGUGACCAGAAAGAUACAGGAGAGGAAGAAGAAAACCAUACUUAUACUAUUGAUUCUAAAAAUAAUACAGAGGAAGAAAACACAGCAGGAGCCGAGAGUUGUUUAUCCCCUGCCGAGUUACGGUCUGGUACCUGUGAGUUUAUAGAGAUCACUGAGUCAGAGUUUGAUACAGUAUCUACACUCAUAAAGGGAAGAGUUAAACUUUUAGAAGUCAAUAUGGUAUACAGAAUACUGUGGAGACAUUUUAAAGAGGAAGAAAACAAGUCACCUUUGUCAACAGGUGAAAUGAAUAAAAUGGGACUGAAAGUGUUUGGUUCAACAGGAGAAGCUAAGUUAAAGGUACUCAGGGCUCUAAAACUACUUACCAUUUCAAGGAACAAAGACGUACAGCUAGUGUAGUGAAAUAACUAUAAAUAACCAAAGAAUACAUGUUAGUUUUGUGGUACAUGACAUGUGUAUGGUUGUAUGAGAGGACCACAUUACAUACCACAGAUGUUGUAUGAAGAGAUGUCAGCCACAGUUUAUUUUGUGAACUGUCUGGUCUUUGUAUCAAAGAACAACUCAGUCAUGACAUUUAGUCGAAAAAAUAUGAGGGAAUGACCUCAAUUUUUUUUUUAAAUAAUGUAAAUUAAAAAUGAAAAGAUGACAGGGUUCUAGCUAAGGAUUUUUGAAGGCGAGUCCAGGGACUCUUAAUUUUUAGCCAUGAUAAGUCCAACAGCAAGAAGAAAAUAUUUUAUUGCAAUAUAAUGUAAUAUCUUAUUGAUAUUUAUUCUCCAUUUCAUAACAGAGCAAGGAAACAACAUUAAAUUCAGAUCACUUUAAAACUUUUUCUAUAAAAUGAUGAUAUUUGUGUUUAACUGUGUUCUGACAGUUUAUACAAAAUAUUUCAAUCUUGAUGCAUCUGUGGACUCACCAGCAUUGGAAAAUGGUGAGUCCAGACAGAUUUUGAUGAGUCCAGGACUCAUGGACUGGCCUUAGUGAGAACCCUGGAUGAAUGAUGAUACGACAUUUGUAUUAGUGAAUGUUAGGUAAAUUUGAAAUAGAAUCAAAGCCAGGUUUAUGACAGAUUUAUAGUUUUACUUACUGUAUAGAAUGGUUAUAAAUUGAAAAUCUCUGACUUUUUAUUCUUGUGCAAUACUUUUAUAGUGUUUAGAUUAGCCUCGUAGAUGACUGAUGAAUUCAUGCAUUUUGCCAUUUAUUUCCUAUUAUCACAAUGCUUGUACUAUAAUAUCACAGUGAAAAUUUACGCAAAUUGACCUCUGGUCAAAUGGUGUUACUCAUUCAUAAAAAAAAUUGAGAUUGGUGCAUGAUUUCUAAAAUUUCAAAAGAAUAAUAUGUUGUGUUUUAUCAUGAAGGUUUGUGGAAUACAAGAUACUGGUAAUUGAGUUAAGUGAAUUAGACUUAAAAUGAGUAUCUGAUUUAUCAUGCUAAUCUCUAAAUUAGUUUUCAUUUGAUGCAACAAAAUAUUAAUCCAAAAUUUUAAACUAAAUUUUAUAUGUACUUGAAUGUAUUCUGCAUUUGUGGAAAACUUUAAUGAAGAAGUGAGACAAUACUGUGGAUUCAGUUAUUUUCGUGGGUACCAAAUUUCGUGGAUUUAGCAAAAUUUGCUUGUUUGUGGAUAUUUGAUAUUGUGGUUUUGCCGAAUUCUAAAUACAUCUCUAAGGAAAAUUUGUUAUUCAUUUGACAUUUAAAUUUGUGGUUCACCUGUACCCACAAAAUCCACGAAAAUUGGUAUCCAAUGAAUAAUAAUGAAUCCACAAUAAUAAAACAAAAUCUUAUUUGCUACUACCAUUUAUGUAAUGCUAUUCCCUCUGACAGCAAGAGACAAGUUGUAAUUAUCUUUAAAAUUUGUGUUUUUUUUUUUUUAGAUAACCUGUAAAUUUUUAACAUGCAGUACAUAAUGUUUGUUAGAUUAGAAUAUGCAUAACACCCAAUUAAGGUAUUGGAAACCAUCAAUAUAUAAUUUUUUAGAACCAAUCUGUAGUUGAGAUAACAAGGUGCUUCCCUAGGUUUCAUGUGGGACUGAACAACCAUAAACAAGUGUGUGACAUUGAUACCAUUUCAAUUAUGUAUACACAGUAUAAAAUUGUGCAUGUUGUGCUAUAACUGGUAUUAUUAUCAGGUAAUUUGUUAAUCUAUUGGUUCAUUGAAUAUACAUAUGUUGAUAUAAUAAAAAUACAAAUGAAAGAA